AUGUCAUCUGCUUGGGAUGACGGCGAGGAAUAUGAGGAUCAUGAGGAACAAGAGGAACAGGAUGCCCCGAGUGAUUGCAGCGAGAGGGCUGUGACACAGAUGGAUCCACUUGAGUUGCGCUUUUCUCAGCGGAAGAUGCGGAAUGUCUUUGCAGAUGGCAAACUCAUCGCGGACUCAGUGAAGCAGGUGCGCCCAGUGCGGCGGACGGCCGAGGAGCAGAGCAUCUAUGGCGCACCUUACCGCUUGGAAGCGCCUUUCCCACCGAUCGAAGUGCUACGAUUUCGGUGCAAGUUGAGAGAUGAAACCACUGGUCGGCCGUUGCAAGACCCGGUGACAAAGAAAGAAAUGUUUGAAAAAGAGGAAAGUUGGUUCACUUUGGACAAUCGAAGGCUGUACUGUUUGCAGAGGGUGGCAGUGAAUUUGCUCCCAGAGCGAUGUACGGUGGACACCGUUGCAGAGAUCCGCAAGGAGCGACGGUUGCGGGAGAUCCGAAAGUUCCGGACUUUGGAUGGCGGCCGAAGCAUCAAUGUAGGAAGUGUGGUUGAUGGUGUGCCCUUUCAAACUUGGUCGUGGAUGGAAGAAGCACAAAACCCUCGGAAAUCCGAUGAAGUCCAAAGUGGAGCGAAGGCAAAUCCGGGGGAUGGGGAGGUUCGAGAGAAAGGCAAAGGAGGAGUCGGAGCUAGAGCCAAAGGAGAGAAAGGAGAGAAAGGCAGACUCAAAGGAGAGAAAGGCAAAGCCAGAGGCAAAGGCAAAGACAGAGAAUAUGGCGGAUAUGGCGGUUACGCGUGGAUUGACGGAAAGAAGGGCAAAGGGAAAGGAGAGUUGCCAAGCUACAAGGGCAAAGGCUGGCAGGUCUGGUGGCAGGAGCCCUGGGCAUACAUGGACUACUGGGGCUCUGCGCAUAAUUUCCCCGAUUAUGAAAGUAAAGGAAAGCCUCGCCGCAAGGGCAGUUCUGACAUGUGGUGGUAG